AAUGGUAGCAGUUAAUGACACUAUAGCAACUACAGCAAUGGAAGGGGAAACAGCAAGUGUGGCCAGCGAAAUAGAAGCCGGAACUACGGCACCUUCAAAUGCUCCUUCUCUAAUGGCUGGUGAAAUAAUGAACGCGCUGAGGCGAGAACUAGAAAAAAGGCGCUUAGAGCGUCAGCAGCAAAUCGACGAACGCCGGGACAAUUUCCUGAAGAACUUGCAGGAUCUGAGUUUUCGUCGCAGAGAAUAUGAGCUUCGACUUCAGGAACGGAUGCAAACUUCGGCAGAGCAGCGCACAGCUCGUCGGAAUGAAAUUGAGGCUCGCCGUGUUGGCAGAAUCCCCACUAGAGAGCAGGACAGAGUCCUCAUGCUACGGCAGCAACGGAUGCAACAGUCGGAACCAAAUGACGCCGAGAACGAAGUUGACAGCACCGCUGGUGAAGUAGCUCCUUCGCCGCCCGAUGUUCUCCGCAGUAUUGUUUUGAUUGAGGAAGCUAGCGGAAACGUGCGGCUUGUGGACCUUGGCACUCGAGAAGGUCGCGAGCUUGCCGCUCGAGUGACUGGUCGGAUGGAAAAUGAAAACGAAAGGAGAGAAGAGAUGGACAAAUUGAGACUGAAAAUGGGGCAAUUGUAG